AUGGAGUUUAACUGUGUAUGGUUUCUUAACCAGCUAUGAAAAGAAAGUUCACUAUUCAAUGCCAAAAUUCCUUUAGCUGAUACCUUAUUAUUCGAUUCUGAGUCCCCCACCAACUAUAAAUGACUAUUCACAGACCGUAAAGGCUACAUUAAGAAAAAGCAUUCAGAAAAUGUCAAGCUCGACAAAAUUUUUUUAGCCUUCCUCAAUCACACAAUGACCAGCUCAGGGUCUGAUAACGAAAUUAUGAACCCUGAAGACCCUGGAGUAAUUUACAUCCGUGACAACACAUUUAAGCUUCUCGACAAGAAAAUGAGUUUUGCCCAACUAAUGGCUCAAAGUCUACUUAAUAAUGAAGCCAUGCAAGCUUUUACAGCAGGCCCUGAGCAUAUAUACUCUCGGUAUAUAGUAAAUUUCAAAAAAUCUGAAGGAAAAUACAUCUACAACUGCAGCAAAGAGUACAUAAAGCGGGAAAUCCAGGAAAAAACGAAAGUUUAUGCUCAAAAUUAUAUUGAUAAAUUAACUGAAAUCACAGAAACCGCUUUAAGGGUUAUAGAAAAAAAUAGCAGAAGAUGCAUAGAAGAGCUGCAGUUAAUCUUCUUUGAAGAUUUAAAUAAUAAUUUGUGGCUUAUGGGAAGCAGAAUUUGUAAAACUGCAAAUUUUCUAGUCCCAAAAUCAAUUUUUCCAAUAAAACGUGCACAGUCUCAAGGGCGGCUUCAAGAAAACUCAGUAACAAGGUCUUCAUUUAUGGACACCACUCAGUCAUGAAAUAAAAGAAGUGGCACAGCAUCAAUUGGCCAAAAACCUAACACCCACAAAAAAUGCCCAGGAGAUUUUUGUAAUUUUAUUGUAACCUCCCAAACUCUUUCAAGCAAACAAGAAAUCGACUACGACGACUUAGUAAGUUAUAUUUAGCUUCAAAAAGUAAGGAAUACUUACUUUAGUGGAAAAGAAAAAGACAUUGAAAAAGUGAAAUAUACCUUAAGGGUAGACAAUUUAAUGGAGCAGAAAUCAAGAAAUAAAGACAAAAUUAUUAGAAAACUGAUACCAUAUAAACUUAUACUUUUAGGGAAGAAAAUUAUAAUUGAUAAGAAAAAAGAUCUCGUGGAAGUGGAUAUAGGCCAAUUUAUUAAUUGUGUUAAUAAUUCCUUAGAUAAUGAGCAAGAAAAUCUGCAUGAGUGUGCAAUGAAAACUCCUUUUCACUACUAUGAUAGUGUCAGGGUGUGCGAUAGGUGCUAUGAGGUAUACACGCUAUUUGACUGCAAUAAGAAAAAAACACCGGAUUUUGAACCAAAAAUUCCGUUAGUAAAUAUAACUAAUCCAUUUCCGUUGAGUUUUCUAAGCAAAAAAAACAGCAUCACGUCAAGUAAGCUAAAUUCUCCUCGUAGAAGUGUACUUUAUCUUUCAAGCUCGCAGAAAGAUAAUAUAAAUGAUUUAUUGAAUGAUAUGGAUAAUACACUGUUUGAAAUAAAGUAUGGGGAAAAAACAGCAAAAUUGAAAAGGGCUGAUGAUAUAUCAAGGACAAUUUCCCGCCAAAGAGCUCAAUCUCAAAGCCAAGAAUUGAGAAAAAAAGCUCCUUUAGAGACAGUAAAAGCUGAGAUGUUUGACCAUGAUAUUCUUACAAGUCAGCUUUUUCCUGACGCAAAAUAUUUUUUAAAAGUAAAAGUUCGGAGCAAUAAGCAUAGUCAAUAUUUACAGAAGUUGAAAGAGAUGAAUUUUUCCCGAGGAAAAUUGCAUCAUUUUAGGGAUAAAGUAACUAAAAAGUAA